AUGACUGACCGCAGAGCUGAUCAAGGUGCCGGAGAGAGUGUUCACAGCUGUUGAUCAGCACUAAGAGCUGGAGAGUCCAGUUGUCGUAUUGCUGUGAUGAGCUGCAGGGCGGUGCUGCUGUCCUUCCUCCUGCUGCUGUCUCUGAGCCGCUCUAGGGGAGCCGUCAUCACAGGGGCUUGUGAGAGAGAUCUGCAGUGUGGGUUUGGUCUCUGCUGUGCCGUCAGUCUGUGGCUCAGGGGUCUGAGGAUGUGUGUCCCAAGAGGAGUGGAAGGGGAUGAAUGCCACCCCUUUAGCCACAAGGUGCCGUUUCUAGGAAAGAGGCAACAUCACACCUGCCCUUGUCUGCCCCAUCUGAUGUGCACCAGGUACGCUGAGAGCAAGUAUAGAUGUACUGAGGACUUCAAAAACAUGGACUUUUAA